GGGGCGGGGCAGGGUGGGCGGGCAGCAGAUGCAGCCGCAGGUGGGGCCGGGCUGGGCCCGGCCCUACCCGGCGGUGAAGUCAGGGUCCAGCGAGGACGGUGGUGGCGGUGGCGGCGGCGGCAGCAGUAGCACGAUGGUCCGCGGGGGCUCGGAGCAGGUGCGCUACUGCGAGCGCUUCUCGUACCUCUACCUCAAGUUUUCGCUCGUCGCUUAUUCGUCGUUCUUCUGGCUGGUCGGGGCUCUGAUCCUGGCGGUGGGGAUCUACGCCGAGGUGGAGCGGCAGAAGUACAAGACCCUGGAGAGCGCCUUCCUGGCCCCAGCCAUCAUCCUCAUCCUCCUCGGGGUCAUCAUGUUCGUGGUCUCCUUCGUGGGGGUCCUGGCGUCCCUCCGGGACAACCUGUGUCUCCUCCAAGCGUUCAUGUACAUCCUGGGGAUCUGCCUCAUCAUCGAGCUCAUCGGGGGCGUUGUGGCCCUGACCUUCAGGAAUCAGACCAUCAAGUUCCUGAACGACAACAUCCGCAGAGGGAUCGAGAACUACUACGACGACCUGGACUUCAAGAACAUCAUGGACUUUGUCCAGGAGCAGUUUAAGUGCUGCGGCGGUGAAGACUACACCGACUGGGCCCAGAACCAGUACCACAACUGCAGCGCGCCCGGGCCCCUGGCCUGCGGGGUCCCCUACAGCUGCUGCGUCCGGAACAAGACUGACGUCAUCAACACCAUGUGCGGCUACAAAACCAUCGACCAGGAGCGCCUGAGCAUCCUGGACGUCAUCUACAUCCGCGGCUGCACCAGCGCCGUGAUCAUCUGGUUCAUGGACCACUACACCAUCAUGGCCGGCGUCCUGCUGGGCAUCCUGCUGCCCCAGUUCCUGGGGGUGCUGCUCACUCUGCUCUACAUCACCAGAGUGGAAGACAUCAUCACCGAGCACUCGGCCACCGACGGCCUCCUCGGGGGGGAGAAGAAGGACUUUGACAUGUCGGGGGGCGGCUGCUGCAUGUGUUACCCCUGGGAGCAGCCUCCGGACCUGUGACGCCCCGGCUGCCCCGGCCCUCGGCGGCUGCUUCCGGCUCCCUCGGGCCCUGCCAGGGCGGAGGCGUCCCGGCCCGGCCUGGCCUCCCCGGCCUGCGGGGCUCCGGCCGUCACCCCAGCAUCCACCCGAGCGCCGGCCAGCCGUGAAUGAAGCCUCUUUCUUUGUCCGGCCUGAGGGGCGGCGUGGGGGGCGCCCGCUUGGCUCGGCCCUGCUCGGGCAGCUUUGGGGGAAAUUCUGCCUAUUUUUGUACCGAUCGGCCCGUGUGCCCGCCCGCCCUGCCCGGAGUCCUGCUCCGGCCGUUUGUGCCACGACCCCGCGCAGUGCCUUGAGCCCGUGCCAGGGCCGAGCUCUGGUGACUCCUUUUUUAUGUGAUUUUGUAUCUUGUUUUAUACACAAUAACAGACCUCUUGAAUGAC